AUGUCUGAUUGCGCGGUGGGGAGGCAGAGAAAAUGCCAGUGCUGUAUUUCUCAAAACAAGAUGUGCCUAGCUCGAACCGGCUUCCUGAACAACUGGCCAUGUUCGCAAUUGCAGCUCCCAGUUUGGAGUAUAUUUCCGGACUCGAGCAUUGCGUCGUCUGCCGUUGUGGGGCUAUACCUCUCGUCAACGGGCGGGGGUAAGCACGCUUUGGCAGGUUUUCGAGAUGGCCUGGGGAGUUUGCUAAUCGCGUUGGAACGGGUGGUGCCUCAAACGGGUCUUGCAAGGCGACGAUGCUCAAGCAUUUGACCUUCAGGUAACCGGUAAAGGUCAACGGAGUGCCUCCUGGCCCAAGCGAGAGCUAAAGAUAACCAUUAGCGCGAUAUCGUGAUUGUUGAACUCUGGUAUACCACUCACGAAGUCUUGAUAGUCUUUGCGUAUGUACGUUAAGACGGACCAACUUGCAUGCAAGGUGAGCCCGGCGACAAUGGCGAGGAGCAAUACUACUGUGAUCAUGCUGUUUGACGUUAAGAAGGAUUCAGAAGGUCAAAAUUGCAUUCAACUGGAAAAGAACCACGAUCGACACCGCCGAACGCCAAUUUGAAGCUUUUCUGCAACGUGCGUUGGCAUCGUGAGGCUACCUUGAACACGGAUAGUUGCAACCUCGAGCGGCUAGUGAAUGGAAGGGCUGUGCGCACGGAUUUCGUCACACCGCAAG